CUCCGGCCACCGUAUGAUAUCGUGGCGUUUUUCUGAUGUGUACAGCCUUGCCCCAGUUAGCCGGAUAUCUGAUAACCGUUAUUGCUGGCUUAUUUAACCUGAAUUUAUUGGCCGUCACACCACAUUUACCACCGGAGAGUGUUUCCUUUAGCGGGUUAAGAUGAGGCGCGCCGGUUUGGGUGAAGGAGGCUCUGGGAGUUACACUGCCAGUGGGUACAGUGUAUAUGAGGAGGAAAAUGAACAUCUACAGGAGGGACUGAGAGCCAAAGUCAACGCUUUGAAAAGUCUGUCUAUUGACAUCGGAACGGAAGUCAAAUACCAGAAUAAAAUGCUGGAGGAUAUGGACACAGACUUUGACUCAACAGGCGGCCUGCUUGGCGCCACCAUAGGCAGAGUGAAGCAGCUGUCCAGAGGCAGUCAGACCAAGCUGCUGUGCUACAUGCUGCUCUUCUGCUUUUUCGUCUUCUUUGUCCUGUACUGGUUCAUCAAACUAAGGUGAUAGGAGGAUCCUCCUGGACUUGGCCCUUUCAACUUCACCCCCUGCCCCCCAAGUCUGUGCCACCCUGAUGCAUCUCACUACUAGACCAACAUGAUAAUAAUGGUGGUGAUGAAGAAAGAAAGGUUUUUUUUUUUUUUUAAGUGUCUCAGCUUUACAGGUGCCCUGGUGUCUGUCAGCACUUCAUUAAUGACCCCAAAAUUUAGUCAUGAAAGGACUCCCACUGAUGCUAUCUGAUGGAGAAAAGUGCAAAAGGUCUGAGAUGAUUAUGAUCACGUGAAGUAGGUAUCAUGUUUACCUUAAGUAGACAAUUCCAGUAUUUGUAUGUAGUUUAUAUCAUUCUAAUAUUACUACUACCAGUCCAAUACUACUGUUUCAAUAACCUUAAUGCAGUAGUGGGCACAUUAAAUGAUAAACGGCAACAAAUCUGUGGAUUAUUUUGUCAAACAACCCAAGCUGUGUCAAAAGUGAUUAAGUUAUAGAAGUUAUCUGAAAUAAAUGAUCGAGAGUAUCUGCUUUCAUGAAUGAAUGGAAAUAUUACAUCUGUCAUCCAUAGAAACAGUUCAUAGCAGUGCACUUCAUUACUGCUCAAAUUUUGUUGUGAAAAUAUUUUUUAAUGUAAAUAAAGACAUUUUAUGCUCUGAA